AACAGUCAAGUAAGGUUGCGUUUAAAAUCGCGUUAAAUUUUCUACUUGUCGCAAACGUCUACUUAAAUCAAUCAAACUCCUAAGACAAAAAUACACAAAUCAUGGCAGAAGAAGAGCAGCACUCAAUGAUUACACCCGUAAAGGAGCCAUUAGAUCUUAUUAGAUUAAGCUUAGAUGAGAAGAUUUAUGUCAAAUUAAGAAAUGAUCGUGAACUUCGAGGAGUUCUUCAUGCAUUUGACCAGCAUCUUAACAUGGUUCUUUCUGAAGCUGAGGAAACAAUCACAACUGUUGAAAUUGAUGAAGAGACUUAUGAAGAGGUCUACAAGACAACAAAACGAACGAUUCCUUUCCUCUUCAUCCGUGGUGAUGGAGUGAUUCUCGUCUCACCUCCUAUGAGAAUCAACUAAGUUUAAUUUCUACUGUAAUUCUGUGUUUUAAGGUAUUCAAAAAUAAACUCUUUUCAUUUCUUAAAUAGACA